GGCAGCCCUGCUGCAGACCACCACCAUCGCCACCUUCACCCAAACACAGCCGGAAGGGGGAUAGAAAAAACACUAAAUUAACAAUGAAAUACACGUUGUAACUACACGUGACUAAGCACACUCGUCAGCUGGAGUGAGCUAUCAAAGGCUUACCGUGUCGGCUGCUGUGUUGACGUGUGAAAUACAACGAAGGAAGAGAGAAGAGGUACAGGAGGAGUAUAUAGCCUUAUUACAACACAGCGAGAGGGGCAGAAGGCAUUAUGGGGAAGGAAAGAAGCGGUCUUUUCUCCUACAGCUCUUUAGUUCAUGCCAUUGCUGGGGGAUGUGGGUCGGCAGUGGCUAUGGCGACCUUCUUCCCGCUGGACACAGUACGCACCAGACUUCAGUUGGAAGAAGGACGGACAAGCAGGAACACUUUUACCCAGAUGAUUGAGAUUUAUCGUGAUGAAGGAUUAGUUGGCUUGUACCGAGGACUGCUGCCGGUCAUUGAGUCGCUAUACUGCUCCAACUUUGUCUACUUCUACACCUUCCACGGCCUGAAGCGUGUGGCCAACAAGGAGCAGGCUGCCAUCAAGGACCUGUUGCUGGCAAUGAUGGCUGGUUCUGUCAAUGUGAUGGCAACAAACCCCCUGUGGGUUGUGAACACCAGGUUGAAGAUGCAGGGUGUGCACCGCCGCAAGCAACCCACCACUCCCACUGCCCCUGUCACCAACCACCACUACAAGGGCAUGCUGGAUGGACUGAGGCGAGUGUGGCGUGAGGAGGGUCUGGCAGGUCUGUGGUCUGGUGCUACAUCCUCCCUGGUGCUGACUGUCAACCCAGCCAUCCAGUUCAUGGUGUACGAAGCAGCCAAGCGGCAGGCCAUGAGGGUGUCUGGUGGCCGGCAACUCAGCUCCUCCACUGUGUUCCUGGUGGGUGCAGUGGCCAAGACUGUGGCCACUGUGCUCACCUACCCCAUCCAGCUGGUGCAGGCCAAGCAAAGGCAUGGCCACACCUACGAGGGGAUUCCACAGAACGCCGGCAUCAUCACCCUCAUGCUGUACAUCUUGAAACUGCAGGGACCCAAGGGACUGUUCAAAGGUCUGGAGGCUAAGUUGCUGCAAACAGUGCUGGCUGCAGCUCUAAUGUUUGUGUGCUAUGAGAAGAUUGCUGCCGCUGUCUUUGCUGUCUUGAUGGGUCGACAACGCUUAGUGGUGAAGCAGUGAGCAGGGUGACAUAGAUUGUGUGUGUAAGUAAAGUAAAGUAAAGUGUGUGUGUGUGCGCAUAGAACAAGUUUGGGUCCAUUAAAUUGAUAGUUUCAGAAGUGUAAUAUAUCGUUUUGUAAUUUAUUUUCCAUGUUUUUAUUUAUUUAUGGUUGUGAUUUAUUGCUUCAUGUUGGAAUCUGGUAUUUAUUUGCAUGUCUUUCAUAUUAGAUGCAAUUAAUUAACUCUUAGCAUUCCUAGAUUUAGUUUUUUUUUUUAUUGUGCCAUUGUGAACAAAGUAUAGUAGUAUUCAAUUCUUUUCUCAUUCACAGUAUUAACAUUCGAGUUUGUGUGUUUCUAUUGUAAUAUAUUUUAAUGUGAAAACUAACUAAUUAUCUCGUACAGUGAACAAUAUGUAAUGAGUCAGCAUCACCUGAGUAAGCUGUUGAGGAAUUUAUGUUUGUGUCGCUGCAUUAAUUUCAGUCUAGUGGUCCCAUCAAGGGUUGCCACAGUGGAUUAUCUGCCUCUACUAUUUACCUUUCUUUACGAUCUAUAUUUUCUCCAUUCUAUUCUGCUACAUUCAUCACCUGCAUGUCUUCCUUCACUUCAUCCCAAAGCUUUUCUCUGGUCAUUACUCUCUGUUUAGUUUCUCUCUAGUACUCUCCAUCUCCUCUCUAAACUGACAUGCAGUCCCACUAAUAUGUCCAUUUCUAACCUUUUGCUAAUCAUCUUCAUUGUAAUAUUUUUUUUUUAUUAAUAGAAAGCAUUUAUUAGAGUUUAUUGUGAUAAAUUUUCAGAAUGAGUUAUGAAACUGCUGCCUGACAGUUAGUGAAGUUGUAUGUUAAGAUAUGCAACAACUGUCUGGUAGUGUGUGUAUAUUUUGCUGGUAGAAAUGUAUGUUGUGGGACCUAAAAUGUGUGAGUGGUAAGUGUCAAAUUUGUGUGAAGAAUGUGUUUGUGUGAGGGUUCUGGAUGCUGUGGAUGUUGAUGUGUAUGUAAAUAUUCACUUCUAUUAAUACCUCCAAUAUUUGGUAUUUAAUAUGUUAGAACAUUUUCAUAUUGCAUUGGUGUCAUAGUGGCUGUUGAUUCGGCUUUGUGUUGUGUAAUUUGGUGCCUGGAGUAUGUUGUGGUAGUGUUGUCUGAGAUGGUAAUGGACAGGAAAGGUGAACCAGUGUGAGCAGUCUAGGCUAACCAGAUAUCAUUGGGGUCUUAGUGAUCCAGCUGUGCUUGAUUGUAGACAGGGUUUUAGUGGGUGAUUGUUUUUAAAGGCAUCAAUGAUAUCAAGUUCAACAACAUUGAGUUACCAUCAUGUUCAUCCAGGAGUAAUUUAACUCUGAAAUGAUGCAAGUAUGUGAAUCUAAUUGUUGGUAUAUUUAGUGUUGAUGCAUUCAUUCACAAAGUUUGCACAAAAUAGCUGUAAGUGGAAGGAAGUGUGAGAUGGUUGACUGGAAACAUCUUUACCCUUGAAGAGGGCAGAAAUGUUUGCACAAAGUCAGUCAUAGGGAAGAAUGGAUGACAUGAAGGAUUGGGUGGUGAUGACCUGCUGUAUUAGGGACAGUGUAAAGGCACAGUUGUUUUUAUGCAUGGAAGCAGUGCCUGUCUUCCCACACAGGAGCAGCACAAGUAGGAUAAUAUGUGACUGGCUGUAGUCAUCUAUGUAGUUCUAUGGUAGAGGAUCUCAACUGUAGGUGUGUGGUCCACCAGUCUUUUUUAUCAACAUUAGCUUUCCCCUCAGUUUGAUGCUGACUUGCUGCUUCUAGUCCAUUCCAAAUAGUCAUGCUAAUGGAAGGUGCGCUUUUCAUGGCAUUUGUUCAUACAUCUGCGUGUGGAAUCCUUGAAAUGUUCAUGUCUCAGGGAACACAUUACUGAUCUUUUUAAGCUUCUUUUCUUUCUUCAUCUUAAAUUUCAUAAAGAACACAAAAUAUGUUUCUAGUUACUUUUUUAUAAAAAAUAAUCAUUCUUGUUUAUAGAAUGUAGAAAAUAUAAUGUUAUUGUUUGAUACCCCAUGAGAAGGAUUUCAUUCCCAUCAAAACAUCAACUAAAUCUGUAAACCUCCAAAAUAAAUAUGAAUAACCACCA